AAGAACUUUGUCACAUUUCAGCUUGCCUGAGAGGAGGAGGAGGAGAGUGAUCUGAUCUCACAUGAUACGAUCCCAGAGCUGCAAUCUUAAAACAGAAUGUCCAGGAAGACGAAUAAGUGUAUUUCUGAGUCCAGCAAUAAUAUGGCUGAUGAAAAGAACCCUGCAGAGAAGACCGGAAUCGUUGCCUUGACCUACAGAAAUUUAGCUGUGGACAAGGAGUCUUUGUACCUGCAAACGUCCAGGAUGAUGUCUUCUGAGUUUUAUCUGCGUCCUGACUUGGACCACAGAGAUGAAGAAAAGACCUUCUGCCGGAAAUACUCCCCGAGUUUAAAAACUAUGAUUCCUAUCCGCCUGAAAAAAAGAUCUGUCAGUCCGGUGGAUGAUGCUGGGUUGGUCUCGUUCGCAACGUUUUCGUGGCUUUCGUUUUUAAUGAUCAAAGGAUGCAGGCAUGGCAUCGACAUAGACACUUUGCCCCCGUUAUCGUAUUACGACAGUUCGGAGGUGAACGCUAAUAGGUUUCGACUCCUUUGGGAAGCCGAGCUGGCAAAAUCUGGACCGGAGAAAGCUUCUCUCAGACGAGUUGCGCUUCAGUUUCAGAAAACCCGGAUUCUGACAGACAUCCUGGCAAAUUGUGUCUGCGUUAUUUUUGGUUCUUUAGGACCGACUCUACUAAUACAUAACAUCCUCCAGCACAGCGAAAGCGGCUCCACAGACCUACUUCGGGGGAUUGGCCUCUGUGUAGCGCUCUUUCUUGCAGAAUUGACUAAAGUAACGUUCUGGGCACUGGCAUGGGCUAUCAACUACCGCACCGCUAUCAGAUUGAAAGUUGCCGUGUCCACCGUGGCCUUCGAGAAUCUGCUGGCGUUUAAAACUUUGUCCCACAUUUCCUUUGGAGAAGUGAUCAAUUUGUUAGCCAACGACGGCUAUCGGAUGUUUGAAGCUGCCUUGUUUUGCCCCCUACCAAUCACCGUGCCUGUACUAAUGGUUGUCUGUGCCAUCUAUUCGUGUAUUAUUCUUGGUCCCACGGCACUCAUCGGAACAUUUGUUUAUAUUCUGUUCAUACCCUUACAGAUGCUCAUGGCUAAACUCACAGCCGUAUUCCGGAGAGGUGCCAUUUUGGUGACCGACCAACGAGUGAGGAUAAUGAAUGAGAUUUUGACUUGUAUCAAGCUGAUCAAGAUGUACGCUUGGGAAAUGUCCUUUGCAAAAACUGUCAGAGGCAUCAGGAAAGCGGAGAGGAAAAUAUUAGAAAAAGCGGGAUAUGUCCAGAGUGUGAACUCGGGCCUUGCGCCAAUUGUAUCUACCUUGGCCAUUGUCAUGACAUUUGCCUUCCACACCCUUUUGAAACAAGAACUCGUAGCCUCAGUGGCUUUCAGUGUAAUCGCAAUGCUGAACGUAAUGAGGUUUUCAAUCGCCAUUUUGCCUUUCUCUGUGAAAGCAGCAGCGGAAGCAAAUGUUUCUCUUAAAAGACUGAAGAAAAUUCUUCUCGCUAAAGUUCCUCCUCCCUAUGUGACCAACCUGAACGACUCUGAAAACGCCUUCGUGCUGGAGAAUGCCACGCUGUCCUGGGGAAGUCCGAGUGAACGCACUGCCACAUCCGGAGAGGCAACUAUCGCUAAUGGGAACAGCGCCCACAAAGGCCUGCAACCUGUCCUUUCCCACUCUCAGAUAUCAAUUCAACCAGCCAAGGAGAAGAAUGACGGCAUGGCCUUGCGCAAGAUCCAUUUUGCUGUAAAGAAAGGCCAGGUUUUAGGAAUUUGUGGAAAUGUUGGAAGUGGGAAGAGCUCGAUCAUAGCAGCAAUACUAGGACAGAUGCACCUGCAUCAAGGGACAGUUGCUGUGGAUGGCACUUUGGCGUACGUGUCUCAGCAGGCCUGGAUAUUUCAUGGGAGCGUCAGAGAAAACAUCCUGUUUGGGGAACCAUUUGAGGAGCAAAGGUACAAUUACGCUAUCAGUGUUUGCAGUCUGAAAUCAGAUAUGGCCAUUCUUCCAUACGGAGACAUGACUGAAAUAGGUGAAAGGGGACUUAAUCUUUCUGGAGGUCAGAAGCAGCGAAUCAGCUUAGCUCGUGCCGUGUACGCGAACAGAGAUAUUUACUUGCUGGAUGAUCCGUUGUCCGCUGUCGACGCACAUGUCGGGAAAAACAUCUUUGAAAAAUGCAUCAAAGAAGCUCUGCAAGGGAGAACGGUACUCCUAGUGACUCAUCAGCUGCAGUAUUUAGAGUUUUGUGAUGAAAUCAUAUUGCUAGAAGAUGGAGAAAUAUGUGAGAGUGGAACCCACACAGAGCUGAUGGAAGCGAACGGGCGCUACGCUCAUCUCAUUCAGAAUCUGCACAUGGAAGAAACAACGCCUCCAAGCAAUGAUUACAAAUUUAUUUCAAAUUCAGUGACAGGAACGCCAGAGGAAGUUCAGGAAAACACCACAGAACCAAAUGGCAAAGGAAUUGAAACCCCUGCUUUUGAUAGAUCUGAGGAAACGAAGCAGGAAUCCAAGAAGGACCCUGAAGAAGGAACAGACACAGCAGCUCCUGUAAACCAACUGGUUCAGAAAGAACAAAAACAAGAAGGUUCGGUGACGUGGAAAACUUACCAUGCUUACAUUAAGGCCUCCGGAGGUUUCCUAUUAUCGUUCUUCAUUGUGCUGCUCUUCGUCUUGAUGAUUGGCUGUUCGGCGUUCAGCAACUGGUGGUUGAGUUUUUGGCUGGAACAGGGCUCAGGGGCGAACUGCAGCUUUGCAGCGAACACAACUUGCAACGCAGGAAGCAUCACCGAUAACCCAAAUCUGCACUUCUAUCAGCUGAUCUACGGCAUGAGCAUGGUCGCCAUGAUAGUUCUGAGCAUCAUCAAAGGUUUUGUUUUCACCAAGACAACGCUAAAAGCUUCAUCAUUUCUCCAUGACACCAUGUUUCGCAAGAUCUUACAGAGUCCAAUGAGCUUCUUUGAUAUGACUCCCACUGGCAGACUAAUGAACCGUUUUUCGAAGGAUAUGGAUGAAUUGGACGUGAGGCUCCCAUUUCACGCUGAGAUUUUUCUACAGCAGUUUUUUAUGGUGGUCUCCAUCCUCGUCAUAAUUGCUGUUGUGUUUCCUUUCCUCCUCAUCGUCGUGGCUGUCAUAACGAUUAUUUUCAUUCUUCUCUUCCACAUUUUUCAGAGGGCCAUCCGUGAACUAAAACGAGUGGAAAACAUGAGCAGGUCUCCUUGGUUCUCUCUGAUAACUUCUUCGGUCCAAGGUCUUAGUACGAUUCAUGCCUACAACAAGAAGGAUGCUUAUAUCGCCCGAUUUAAAGAGUUGAAUGACGAGAACUCGGGCCACUUCAUGCUGUUUAACUGCGCACUGCGGUGGUUUGCCCUUAGGACCGACGUCCUCAUGAACACCGUGACCUUGAUCGUAGCCCUCUUUGUGGUCCUCUCCCCUUCUUCUAUUAGUGCCGCAGCCAAAGGCUUGGCUUUGUCUUACAUUAUUCAGUUAAGUGGACUCCUUCAGGUGUGUGUAAGAACCGGAACCGAGACUGAAGCUAAAUUUACUUCUGUUGAACAAGUCAUGGAAUAUAUCACGACCUGCGUUCCUGAGGCCAAAGAGGGUGCCAGACUUGUCAGCCCUUCCCCAAACUGGCCAGACCAGGGAGAAAUCACGUUUAAAGGCUAUCACAUGAAAUACAGAGAAAACAGCCCCUUGGUUCUCAUUGACAUAAAUCUGAGCAUCCACGGCAGAGAAAAAAUUGGGAUUGUUGGCCGGACAGGCUCUGGUAAAUCAUCAUUAGGGGUAGCCCUGUUUCGACUUGUAGAACCCGCUGCCGGCACCAUCCUGAUCGACGGGGUCAACAUUUGUACAAUAAGUUUGGAAUCUCUCCGGACGAAGCUUUCAGUCAUUCCUCAAGAUCCCGUUCUGUUUGUAGGUACAGUAAGGUAUAACUUAGAUCCUUUUAACAACUAUACAGAUGAUCAAAUCUGGCAAGCACUGGACGGAACAUUUAUGCAAAGCACAGUUUCCAAACUGCCAGGAAAGCUUCAGGCAGAAGUUGUUGAGAAUGGAGAAAAUUUCUCCGUGGGGGAACGGCAGCUACUCUGUAUGGCAAGAGCCCUCCUUCGAAAUUCCAGAAUCAUACUUCUGGAUGAGGCCACAGCCUCCAUUGAUUCUGAGACAGACACGAAAAUUCAGCAGACCAUCAAAGAAGCUUUCAAAGACUGCACAGUUCUGACCAUCGCUCAUCGUAUAAACACCGUCCUUGAAUGUGAUCGCAUUUUAGUUAUGGACAACGGAAAGGUAUCCGAAUUUGGCAAGCCGGAUGAGCUCACACAGAAUCCCGACUCUGCAUUUGCAUCACUUUUGGCCGCCAUGAACAAAAUUACAUCAUAGAAACAAAAAAAGUCAUAUUUGGUGUUUGCUUUUUCGGCCCCGCGGACAUUAUGGAGGAGAAGAGAAAAAAGGAAAAAACAAUCUAGUAUCCAAACCACCAUCAACAAAGGAAUAUAAUAAGCUUUGUUGUAGGGUCAUGUCUAUGAGGAACUUUGGAAACUUGGUAUAAUUCUAGAUGUCCAAACGAAGAAUGGAAUGAGGAAAAUAAGAAGUUUCAGGCCGAUAUACACAUCAAUGGACCACUGAUUUUGUAUCACGUUCAAAGUUUUUUUUUAAAAAAAAUAGCCUCUUCUAUGGAAACACAAAUAUGUUAAAAUGGCUAUUUGGUCAAUAAACAUUCUAGAGGGGCAUUAUCUUAGAUGCUUAGCAUCCAAGAAGAAUGAACUAUUUAUAGUCCAACACAAAUAAAUGACAUAAAGCUCAAUAAUGCAGUCUUAAUGUCCCCGAUUCAGCCGUAGUAGACAUGGCUCUUGAAACCAAUGGAGUAAGUUAACAGUGGCAAAAGCAAGUGUCACUGAGUUCCAUAGAACUUAGAGUGGGACCACAAGUGACGCCUGACACAGGUUGGACACUUGUCAGCUCCCUUCAAGUUUUGAUGGGAAAUGUAGGCAUCCUGGUCUUGCAGCUUGACUCUCCAACUGCUGUCCAAUGCACUUUCAACUGUCACUUGUCCAACAUUCCGCCAAGCUGCCUACAUUUCCCAUCAAAACUUGAGGGAAGCUGACAAGUGUCCAAUCUGUGUCAGGCGUCACUUGUGGUCCCGCUCUUAGUCACACCUAGCAUUUGCUUGUCAAGAACCAGUAUAGUUCUGGAGAAUUUUGGGGAGCUUUUAGCUGAUGAAAUCCAAGGGGCUCAAAUGGGAUUUAAGCAGCCUGGCUGUGUGCAGGAUUGCGGCCUUUAUUUUUUGCAUGCAGUUCAAUGUAUGCAAUAAAAAUAUGUUGUAACA